AUGAUGCAGCUUAUUUAAUGCUUUGCUAUCGUUUAGGGAAAGUUGGAUAUUAUUGUAAGAAUUAAUUACAAAUAAAUAAAGUUAAAAUAAAAUAUGAGACAAUCAAAUUAAGAUAGUAGAUGGUAUUUUGAUAAAGUUAUUCAUGAAAAAAUAAAAUAAGGGGAUGAAUAGGAAGAACAAGGAAUGUAUCAAGAAGCCAUUAAAUUUUACUCAAUGGCCAUUUAGAUAAAUCCAUAAGAUGCUGAUGUAUGUCAUAAUAGAGGUAAAAUAUUAUUAUGUUAUAAAUAAGGACAUAAUUACGUUGAUUUGAAAAAUUAUAGUGAAACCAUUAGAGACAACUAUAUGGCUAUUUAAAUUAAUCUUGGAUAUGCUGAAGCAUUUUAUAGAAGAGGUAAAAUAUAAAUAUUUUAUGAUUAGGUGCUGUUUAUUAUAAAUUGAAAAAUUAUAGUUAAGCCAUAAAAGUCUACUCUAUGGCUAUUUAGAUUAAUCCAUAAUAUGCUGAAGCAUUUAAUAAUAGAGGUAAAAUAUUUAUAUUUUCUAAAUAGGUGCUGCUUAUAAUUAAUUGAAAAAUUAUAGUGAAACAAUUAAAGACUACUCUAGAGCUAUUUAAAUUAAUCCAUAAUAUGCUGAUGCAUAUAAUAAUAGAUGUAAAAUAUUAAUUUCUUAAAAAUAGGUGUUAUUUAUUAUUGA